UUUCGAUCACUGUGAUUGGCUCUCUCUCUCCUCAUUUUCUCUCUCUAAAACCCCAUUUUUUCCUUUUUCAGUAUUUUAUUAAGUAUUGCCUCUCCAAAACAAUACCUGAUGAAGAAGAUGAGUGUCCCUGCAAAGAAAUAUCGAAAGCUGAUCAAAAGUUUCUGAUACUUAAAGCUGAUAACCGAAAGAAAAUCAUAAAGUAAAAUCUUACUUUUUCUUGAAAAUUUUCCUUUUCAUUUCUUGGUUUCAAUCUUGACCUAUUUUCUUCUCUCUUCUGCAAAAAAAUAUCCAAGAUUAUCAAGAAUUUUAAUUGAUUUCUUAUAGAUUGUUUAAACAUAAGGAAUAGUUCCGAUGUUAGCCGAUAAUUUUAUCAGUUCGAAUCCGUGUUUCGAGCAAGCUUCGAGCUUAGAAAAUAAUGGAGGGGGCAAUAAUAAGCGGAAACGACGACCUGCAGGAACUCCAGAUCCAGAUGCAGAAGUGGUCUCGUUAUCACCAAAAACACUGCUCGAAUCGGACCGAUAUGUAUGUGAGAUCUGCAACCAGGGGUUUCAAAGAGAUCAAAAUUUACAGAUGCAUCGGAGGAGACAUAAGGUUCCGUGGAAGUUACUUAAGAGAGACAGUCCUGUGGUGAAGAAACGAGUUUUCGUGUGUCCGGAACCGAGUUGCUUACACCAUGAUCCGUGUCACGCACUCGGUGAUCUUGUCGGGAUCAAGAAGCAUUUUCGAAGAAAACACAGUAAUCAUAAGCAGUGGGUUUGUGAUAAAUGUGCUAAAGGCUAUGCUGUUCAAUCUGACUUCAAAGCUCAUCUCAAAACUUGCGGUACUCGCGGCCAUUCUUGCGACUGUGGCCGUGUUUUCUCGAGAGUUGAGAGUUUCAUUGAGCAUCAAGAUACUUGCAAUAUGGGACGUGAUCAUCAUCCUCAUACUCAUCAAUCGCAGUCGACGGUGGUGCAGCCACCGGCUGCAUGCUUAUCAAGAACAGCUUCGAGUCGGAGCCCGAGCCAUUGUACUGAUACCAACUUCACCACUGGUCCUUGGGCAUCUCCGGUAGUAAUUCCAAGGCCAGUAUCUCGUGAUAUUUUCUUGAUGAGCCCUACUGUAAAUAAAAAACACUACAAUCUUGAUCUCCAGCUCUCAACUGCAUCGAAUCGUCGUGAUAUUGUCUCGGUACUCUCCCCGAAAAGAGACGAUCAUAGUCACUCGUCGACCCAGCUCAAGCUUUCGAUAUGUUCGAGUGAGAAAAACGAGUCGAAAAGGGAAGAUAGUAAAAUUGAGAAACAUGAAUCCGCUGCUCGCGAGCAGCUCAGUGUGGCCAUGGCGGAGAAAGCGUAUGCGGAAGAGGCGAGAAUACGCGCGAGAAGACAGAUCGAAUUGGCGGAACAAGAAUUCGCUAAUGCCAAGAAAAUUCGGCAACAAGCUCAAGCCGAGUUGGAUAAAGCUCAAGCUCUAAGAGAGCAUGCAAUGAAGCAAAUCAACUCAACAAUACUUCAAGUCACUUGCCAUGCUUGUAAACACCAGUUUCAGACAAGAACACCUUCAGAUGACAACUCUUUGGUCUUGAGUUACAUGUCAUCAGCUUUAACAGAAGGUGAAGUGGACAAUGAUACUGGAAUUAUUGAUCAUCAGCUUGCAAACACAUCUCAUAAGUUCUAAAUUAGCUUCAUCUUUUCUAUUGCUAUGUUAUUAGUGGGUGGUUGUGAAUUAUCUCAAGUUCAUUAGUUUCAGGGUGUUGUAUUAAAACCUUGUGUAUGUGUAAUGUUAUUUGUUCAUUAUUUUAAUUAAUGAAAGAUAUGGUGAGUUUGAUAUA